AUGGUAUGGAUGGUCUUCGAUAAAGUUACUGAGCUACCGAUUUCUGCAUGCAACCAUGAUUCUGACACCUUAAUGACAUGUUUCGUAGAUAACUUUACUAUUCGUGUCGGACAAUAUGUGGAAAGUGUUAGAGCAAAAAAAAAUUACGAGAAGAGAAGACUAACGAAAGUUCAUCUAAUUGACAAAGGAAUCGAUGUUGAAGUUGAUGGAACUGCACUUUUUCCUUCAACUUCAGAUGAUGAAGUGAAACCUAGCCGUUUGUGUCCUGUUUUAGUUAUUGAUGCUGGAGAAGAGCAGCGUAAGGUUGCGAAUAAAAUUGUUGGACAUCAGUGUCGCUGCAUCAACGGUAACCUCGCUAUAAUCCCUUCGGUCGGAUUAUGCGUAAAGGGUCGAUUGCUUAUUUCAUAUGAAAACAGUGGAUAUGCAGAAUUGAAAGAUAUCAGUUUUAUGCCAGCAAAAGCACAGCACUGUUCGAAAUUUGUAUUUGAAAUUCCAGGUUCUGAACACCUUAACGAUCGAGUUUUAUCACCCUUUCAGACUGGAAAACUGUUUGGUGAUCGCUGCAAUUCCUCAGCGUAUUACAAGAAGAGUUUCAGAAAUGACGAGAAUUAUAGGCAAAUAAAUGGUGGUGUGGUUGACAAGUAUGAAAAUAAGGUACACAAUCGUGAUGACAAGCAAGCCGCUAGUUUUUGGAAUAAUAAGCCGGACAAAAAUCGAGUACUGAUGAAUAAUGACACUGUGUCAUUUAAACGAGUAUACCGUAAAGUCCUUCCUUAUUCCCUGCUUAACUAUGAUAAGCUAAGCAGUAUGAGCAGUGGAAUGCCAAGACUCAAGCAAAGUGUUUUUAACUAUUUUACACCAAAUACAUACCCUGUCUCCGUCCGAAUUCGUUUUGAUGAAGUCGACCCAUCUUCAAGGGAUACAUUUUGGGUUUUUGAACCCAGCAUCUUCACCACAAUCGAAAAAGUACUUCAUGAAGGACGACAAAGAUAUAGUACUUUCCCACAAUUUCAAUUACCACUGGUAUCUCGGUUCUUUGGAAUGAGUUGUAUAGUGAGAACCAGUAUUGAUAGCGGUUGUCGUUGUCUUUGUCGUGGAGAAAUUAUCAAGUUUUUCAAUGCUACUUCAAAAUUUUUGGUCUACCUAGUUGAUUAUGGUUUUUGCAAAUGGAUUGGGUAUAGUAAUGCGUACGAUAUAUCAACGAUUGACGAGAAAGAUGAUGUUGUUACAUUACCAGUAGCUCUAUUACACUGUCGACUCAGAGGAAAUGUGGAACGUGGUAAUCUCGUGCAGAAGAUGGAGAAAGGCGAUGAGUAUCAUUUGACGAUCGAAUCAAAAGAUGAGAAUGACAUUUUCAACGUACACUUUGAACCACUGUAUAGCAAAGAAAAUGUAACAGGCAUUAAUAAACCCAACACGCUAAGUAAUGAUCAUGGAAAUUGGCUUCGGUGUCGUUCGGUUGUGCCAUGGCCUUUAUUUGCAUCAUUCCAAUACACUGACGGAGCUUUUGAGGAAGCUUUUGGAAGAAAUGUCUGUAUUAGAAAGACAUUGGGAAGCAAUGCAUUGAUGAAUCCAGUUACAGCCAACAAUUUGUCUUUGAAUAGAUGGUCACGUUCUGGUCAAUUUAACGCCUCAAAUCGAAUGAAGGCGCCUGAUAUAUUUGGUAAAAUGCGCAAUGUUGGAGAUAUAGAUAGCUCUAGUCAAGGAAGUGUAAUUCCUACACAUUUUGGUCAGGGUGACAGUGUUCUUGAUGACAGAUCAUCAGGGAAUAAAAGUGGAGCUAAUAUCGCAAGAAAUGCCAAUUGCUUUUCGGGUCAUGGUGAUAGUAGAUAUCAAGGAUUUGGACAUAGUAAAGCAGCAAAUUACCAGAAGAACUUUGGCACAUUCAAUAAAGCAGAAAUUAAUUUUGAACAAUCCAAUAGACAAAGUAAUUGGAGUGAAAGAAGAAGCAAAGAAAGCUUGAUUAGAAAACAUGGAGGCAGAAGACAGAAUAUGAUUUUUAACUCUUCAAGUUCGGGUCGAGGUUUCUUUCUGUUCCUUUUGUAG